GAGACAGCCAGGCUUUCUCGCUCUCUUCCCCACUGUCUCCCUGCUCCCCUUUCCGUCAAGGUGUCUGUCCCCCCGCCUUCUGAAUUUCUGCCCUUCUCUGUACGUCUGGAUACAGCACUCGGACAGGCAGAUAGGGCGGGAAGCUCCUGGCGGCGCGUCGCGCUCUGGCUCCAGCCACUACACCACCCAGCUGGGCGCGCAUGAGCGGUGUGGCUGUCUGCCUAGCAACCCGUGACAUCAUACAGAGGCUGGCGCGGGGUUGGCUUGGCGCUCCACGGAGGCGGGGCAGUUUCCGGCUCGCAGGGGGUUUUGGAAGAGCCGGGAAGGGGGAGACCGAGAGGAAGAAAAUCGGGAGGGACGUGUAUUCACUCAAACCUGCUCCCUCCGCCGGAGUUACUUCCUCUCCCAUCCUCCGCCUUAACCCCAAACCCGCACUCCCUACUCCCUCUCACACUCACCUCGCCUUCCUCCCCAUAACACCCACUGCCUCUCAGAGACCCUCUCUUCACCCCCCACCCCCGCUUCUGGCCUCCUUCACCUCCCCCCAUCCGGCGUCCAGCCACCACCGCCCCCAUUCUGAAAGCCACAGGUCCCCCUGCCGGGAAGGGCGCCAACGUCCGGGCAGCCCUCCAGGGCCUUCCCGGUCUCCCCACCCGCCCCGCUGGGGGGCACUCGUCCCCCUCCCCCGCGUCCGGUGCCCGCCGCGCCCGCUCCGGGAACCGUCGAGUGGAGCCGGCCGGCUGGGUCCCAGGAGGGGCACGCGGCCAAUCCCGGGUCCCAGGUGGCCGCGGCCGCAGGCCUUCAGAUGUGCUCUCGCCCAGGGGCGGGACGCGAGAGUCCUCGAGCCUCGGUGCCCUUCCUGCGGGCACAGAGAUCGCCUCCCCACCCCCGCAGCCGUCUUGCCCACGCUGGGAAACCGGACCCUCCCUCGCAGCUCCGGUUUCCCGAAAACUCCUGACUUGCAGAUACUAAGAAUGGCUUUCUAGACGGUCUUCCCCCUUGGCCCCCACGGCAGAGUUCUGGCUCGGAGCCCUCACCCAUUUUAGACCCCAGCCCCUUCAUCUCCCGCCUCCCAGGAGUCAGGAGUCCAGGCCCUCAUCCUCCAUUUUCCUGGACCCAAGAAUCCGAGCCCCAGACCCCAAUGUCCUGACCCUCCUCCUUCAGACGUGGGAGCCCUCGCCUCCAGCCCCCUCUUCCUGGGACCCGGGUGUCUGAACCCCAGGCCUCUCCUCCCCAGGGACUUGGCAUUUAGCCAUCUCUCGCGGUCCAGAUGUUCUUUCUCACCCUUCAGAACACGCCCCGCUGAAUGUGGGGCAGCAAGGAGGGCGGGGAGACCAGGCUGAUGCCUCCCACAGCCUCCUGGGAGUCUCUGGACUUCUUAAAGGGCUCCCCCUGGGGGCCCACCUGUUCGCCCCAGGGCGCUGAGGGACAAGCUGCGGUCUGAGGAGCCCAGGAGCGAGGUCUGCUGACAUGCCUGAGGCGAAACCAGUAGCCAAAAAGGCCCCCAAAGGCAAAGAGGCUGCCAAACCAGCUCCCAAGGAAGCCCCCCCUGAGGAGGCUCCUGCAGAGCCCCCCAAAGAAGCUCCACCUGAGGACCAGUCUCCCACUGCUGAGGAGCCCACUGGCAUUUUCCUGAAGAAGCCAGACUCAGUGUCGGUGGAAAAUGGAAAAGAUGUGGUGAUCGUGGCCAAGGUGAACGGGAAGGAGCUCCCAGAGAAACCAACCAUCAAGUGGUUCAAGGGGAAGUGGCUGGAGCUGGGCAGCAAGAGUGGGGCCCGAUUCUCUUUCAAGGAGUCCCAUGACUCUGCCAGCAAUGUGUACACCGUGGAGCUGCACAUUGGGAAGGUGGUCGUGGGGGACCGUGGGAAUUACCGCCUUGAGGUCAAAGCCAAGGACUUCUGCGAUAGCUGUGCCUUCAACAUCGAUGUGGAGGUACCCCGUCAGGACGCCUCUGGGCAGGGUCUAGAAAGCUUCAAGCGUUCGGGCCAAGGGAAGUCAGAAGAUGCGGGUGAGCUGGAUUUCAGCGGCCUGUUGAAGAAGAGGGAGGUGGUUGAGGAGGAGAAGAAAAAGAAGAAAGAUGAUGAUGACCUAGGCAUCCCCCCUGAAAUUUGGGAGCUCCUGAAAGGGGCAAAGAAGAGUGAGUACGAGAGGAUUGCCUUCCAGUAUGGCAUCACUGACCUCCGGGGCAUGCUGAAGCGGCUCAAGAAGGCCAAGGUCGAGGUCAAGAAGAGUUCAGCCUUCACAAAGAAACUGGAUCCAGCCUACCAAGUGGACAGAGGCAACAAGAUCAAGUUGGUGGUGGAAAUCAGUGACCCAGACCUUCCUCUUAAGUGGUACAAGAACGGCCAGGAGAUCAAACCAAGUAGCAAAUACGUGUUUGAGAAUGUUGGUAAGAAGCGAAUUCUCACCAUCAACAAGUGCACGCUGGCGGAUGAUGCCGCUUAUGAGGUCGCUGUCAAAGAUGAGAAGUGUUUCACUGAGCUCUUUGUCAAAGAACCUCCAGUCCUGAUUGUCAAACCCCUCGAGGACCAGCAGGUGUUUGUGGGUGACCGGGUGGAAAUGUCAGUGGAGGUAUCAGAAGAUGGUGCCCAGGUCAUGUGGAUGAAAGAUGGGGUAGAACUGACACGGGAGGAUUCCUACAAGGCUCGAUAUCGCUUCAAGAAGGAUGGGAAGCAUCACAUUCUUAUCUACUCAGAUGUGACCCUGGAGGAUGGGGGUCACUACCAGGUCAUGACCAAUGGAGACCAGUGUGAGGCCGAGCUCAUCGUGGAAGAGAAACAGCUGGAGGUCCUGCAGGACAUCGCAGAUCUGACAGUGAAGGCCUCGGAGCAGGCCGUGUUUAAGUGUGAGGUGUCUGACGAGAAGGUGACAGGCAAGUGGUACAAGAAUGGGGUCGAGGUGCGGCCGAGCAAGAGGAUCACCAUCUCCCACGUGGGGAGGUUCCACAAGCUGGUGAUCGAUGACGUCCGCCCUGAAGAUGAGGGAGACUACACAUUUGUGCCCGAUGGCUAUGCCCUGUCCCUCUCAGCCAAGCUCAACUUCCUGGAAAUCAAGGUGGAGUAUGUGCCCAAGCAAGAGCCACCAAAGAUCCACCUGGAUUGCUCAGGGAAGACCUCAGAGAAUUCAAUUGUGGUGGUGGCUGGAAACAAGCUGAGGCUCGAUGUGUCCAUCACUGGGGAGCCUCGUCCUGUCCCCACCUGGCUGAAGGGAGAUGAGGUGUUUGCAGCCACCGAAGGCAGGGUCCGCAUCGAGAAUCUGACAGACAUCAGCAGCUUCGUGAUCGAGAGUGCCGAUCGAGCGGAUGAGGGCCGCUACACCAUCAAGGUCACCAACCCUGUGGGCGAGGAUGUGGCCUCCAUCUCCGUGCGGGUUGUGGAUGUCCCAGACCCCCCGGAGGCUGUGCGAGUCACCUCUGUUGGAGAGGAUUGGGCCAUUCUUGUCUGGGAGCCACCCAAGUACGAUGGGGGGCAGCCAGUCACUGGUUACCUCCUGGAGCGGAAGAAGAAGGGCUCUCAGCGCUGGAUGAAACUGAACUUUGAGGUCUUUACGGAGACGACCUAUGAGUCCACCAAGAUGAUCGAGGGCGUCCUCUACGAGAUGCGGGUCUUCGCGGUCAAUGCCAUUGGUGUUUCCCAGCCCAGCAUGAACACCAAGCCCUUCAUGCCUAUUGCACCCACGAGUGAACCCUUGCACCUGACAGUGGAAGACGUGACAGACACGACCACCACUCUCAAGUGGAGGCCUCCAGAUAGGAUUGGGGCAGGCGGCAUCGAUGGGUACCUGGUGGAGUACUGCCUGGAGGGCUCCGAGGACUGGGUCCCAGCUAACACGGAGCCCAUAGAGCGCUGUGGCUUCACCGUCAAGAAUCUCCCCACGGGAGCAAAAAUCUUGUUUCGGGUAGUGGCAGUCAACAUUGCGGGGCGCAGCGAGCCCGCCUCCCUGUUCCAGCCCGUCACCAUCCGGGAGAUUGUGCAGCAACCCAAGAUCCGGCUCCCGCGCCAUCUCCGCCAGACUUACAUCCUCAAAGUGGGGGAACACAUCAACCUCGUCAUCCCCUUCCAGGGAAAGCCCCGGCCCCAGGUGGUGUGGACGAAGGGCGGGGCGCCCCUGGACCCCAACCGUGUGCACGUGCGCACCAGCGACUUCGAUACCGUGUUCUUCGUGCGCCAGGCGGCACGCUCGGACUCGGGGGAGUACGAGUUGACCGUGCAGAUUGAGAACAUGAAGGACACGGCCACCAUCCGUAUCCGGGUCGUGGAAAAGGCAGGACCAGCAGAGAACGUAAUGGUGAAGGAGGUGUGGGGUACUAACGCACUGGUGGAGUGGCAGCCCCCCAAAGAUAAUGGGAACAGUGAGAUCACGGGCUAUUUUGUCCAGAAAGCCGACAAGAAAACCAUGGAGUGGUUCACCGUCUACGAGCACAGCCGGCACACCUCCUGUACGGUGCCUGACCUCAUUGUGGGCAACGAGUACUAUUUCCGCGUUUUCAGUGAGAACAUCUGUGGGCUCAGCGACUCCCCCGGUAUCUCCAAGAACACGGCCCGGAUCCUGAAAACAGGUAUCACCUACAAGCCGCUUGAGUACAAGGAGCAUGACUUCCGAACACCUCCCAAGUUCCUGACGCCUCUACCAGACCGGGUGGUCGUGGCUGGUUACACUGCUGCCCUCAACUGCGCGGUCAGAGGCCACCCAAAGCCGAAGGUGGUCUGGAUGAAGAACCAAAUGGAAAUCCGUGAAGACCCCAAAUUCCUGAUAACCAACUACCAGGGAAUCCUGACGCUCAGCAUCCGCCGCCCGUCUCCCUUUGACGCAGGGACCUACUCCUGCAGGGCUGUCAACGAGCUGGGGGAGGCGCUGGCCGAGUGCAGGCUGGAAGUCCGAGGUGAGCGCCCUGCCGGGCUGCCCCCCGCCCCUUCACCCCUCCCACAUCAGGGACCUGGAGGCCCUGGGCCAAGCCGUAUGGAGGGCAGAGCCGUCAUCCCGGUACCCCUAGGUGUGCAACGGGGAAGCCGAUUCAGACCCCUCCAAGAAUGCUGCAGGGUGACGUGUGCACGGGGCACUGUAGGGGUGGGGCUGGGGAGCACCUGAUCCGGCGGUGGCAGUCAUCUGAGGAAGUUUUCGAGAAGGAGUUGAAGGACAGAUAAGAGGUGAAUGAGAUGGAGAAGGGCUGGCAGGUGAUCACCAAGGCUCUGCUGGGCCUGGCCUAUGUGGGGAGAGGGGCAGGCGCCCAGAAAAAUGCCUCUUCUCCCCAAGCUCUGUCCGUC